CUCAGUUCGUGUAAGGUUCUGUGGGAUACAAGUUGUGUUUGAAAAGUUGGUAAAAUAAGGGAAAAAAACAGCAAAGCCAUGUCCCUGGUCGCUAAGGCUUUUGAGUCCAGUGGCAUCGUGCCUGACGUCAUCCCCGUGGCUCCCACCUCCACUAUUGUGCUGAAGUACCCGAGUGGUGUGGAGGCGUCCCACGGGAACGAGCUCACCCCGACCCAGGUGAAGCAGCAGCCGGCCGUGGCGUGGGACGCCCAGCCGGGAGCCUACUACACACUCAUUUUCACCGACCCCGACAACUACGAGGGCCCAGAGCCAGUCUACCGCGAGUGGCACCACUGGCUGGUCACCAACAUCCCCGGUGACGACGUCGCCGCCGGAGACACCCUCGCCGCCUACAUCGGCUCCGGCCCUCCGCAGGGCACGGGUAUACACCGAUAUGUGUACAUCCUGUAUAAGCAGCCCGGCAAGAUUAACUUCGAUGAGAAGAGGCUGAGCAAUAAGUCAGUGGAAGGUCGCGCAGGCUUCUCGACCCAGAAGUUUGCGGAGAAGUACAACCUCGGCGCCCCGGUGGCCGGCAACUUCUACCGCGCUCAGUUCGACGACUACGUGCCCCAACUCUACAAGAGUCUGGGCGCCUAGUACUUGUGUAGCUUGAUGAUGUUGUUAUUGUUUUAAUAAAUUAUUAUUAUUGUGA